AUGACAUUAUUUCCUCAGUCAAUGAUAAAAUUGUUUCGAGUAACAUCCAGAUUAUAGCAAUUAUAUUCCAUGAAAUUGGCCCACAUACUGGUCAAUGGGCCAGUCCUAGCUACAUACAAAAACAAAUUAAAAAUCUCAAUGGGCACAUUGUUAAAAACAUCGGAGAAAAAAAUCAAUAAACCUUUUACGACUGUAAUCAGUACAAGUGUAGCAAUUGUUUUCGAGGUUAAAAACAAUGGCUAUACUUGUAAAUUACGCUUGAAUUUUUUUGUUAUUGACCCCAAUUUCGAAUAUGCCUGUUUGCUG